AUGGGAUGUUUCUGUUGCAAAACCACUGGGGCUACUAAAGAGCCAAAAAAACUGGUGUACUCAUGGGUAGAACGAAAACACUUGGACCCUGCGGAUUAUGUUAUGGAAAAUUUGAACGGCUGCACGGCGUAUAAGUCUCCAGGGUCAAUUAGCGGCCAACAAUUUGUUGUACGUAAUUGUCAGGACUCCAAUAUUUACUUGCUGGACCAUACCGGUUCAGUAACUGUGGAUGAUUGUCAGAGAUGCACAAUUGUGCUUGGACCAACUAAACAAAGCGUUUUCGUGAGGGAUACAAUCAAUUCAACAGUGGUAGUUGCCUGUGGUCAGUUUAGAGUUCGUGAUUGCGCAUCCUUAAAGAUUUCAUUGUUUUGUUCUACUCAGCCGGUGAUAGAGUCCAGUCGAGAAUUGCAAUUCAGUUGUUACCAGUUUUAUUACAACCAGUUGGCUGAUCAAUUUGUCAAAGCCGAUCUUAAUAUAUGGAAUAACAAUUGGAGAACCGUAUACGAUUAUACAUGGAACGAAGGUGACAACUGGGUGGUAAAUGAAGAGCCCAUAGUUGUCCAGUUAUCUGAAGAAUUACACAAGUAUGGAAUUACAAAUGAAUCUGAAAAAUCAAUUGUGCCUCUCACCAAAUAUAAUCAACAGUCUGGAGAAAAUUGCUUUGUUGCUUUUGCAUGUGGAACUGAAGCUUCAAGAUUUGUACAAGCUUUACAAUCACAUGAGACAGAUUUAUUGCUAAUAAAAUGCAAUUAUAGUGAUGGCAAAGACGCAAAAGUGUUCCAAGAACGAGCCAAAAUAUUUGGGAAUAAAAAAGUUGAAACCAUUAUUGGACUACAAAUACAGGGGCCACAUGCUAUAAGCAAAUGUACAGCGAUUUUAGCUAAUGAUUUUCCUCAGUUUAUAACAAUGAUCAGUAAAACGGACACUGAAGCCAAAGAACAAAUUAAGGUGUUUUUCCACAUAUUUGAGAGUGAAUUUCAACCGUAA